GGAUAGGCACUUGUUGUCCACAUACUACGAGUUCCUCCUCACUACCAUAUCCUUUCCAACCAACACUUGAGAGAUACAUCCUCAUGGCUUCAGUUUCUACCAAUAUAUCAAGCAUUAAAGCCUUUGCUGAAUCAAACGGAGCCUCUCCAAUCCCUUCCAAUUACCAUUCCGCUAUAGAAAUUGAUAAUGUUGCAGACCACCUUGCAGCUUCCAUUCCAGUCAUUGAUUUUUCUCUCCUCACUUCAGAUGAUCCUCAAAUCCAUACCAAAGCUGUUGAUGAACUCGGCAAGGCAUGCGCUGAAUGGGGUUUCUUCAUGCUCAUAAAUCAUGGAGUUCCCGAGAGUCUAAUGGAAGAGUUGAUGAAAAAAUCUCGCGAGUUUCAUGAUUUGCCGAUGGAGGAAAAGAAGGAGUUUUGUGAUAACGGUGAGCCUUUUUCACCCAUCAGGCAUGGGACUAGCUUUCAUCCUCCAGCAGAGAAUGUUCAUUAUUGGAGAGAUUUUCUUAAAGUCUUAACGGCUCCCCAGUUCAUUUUUCCUCACAAACCACCAGGUUACAGGGAGGUUGCGUUUGAGUAUAGCCAAAAAAUCACAUGUGUAGCUAGGAAAUUAAUUCAAGGAAUAUCAGAGAGUUUGGGAUUAGAAUCCAAUUGCAUAAUUGAAUCCUCUGAUUUUGAUUCUGGCUUACAAAACCUUGCUGUAAACUUAUACCCUCCAUGUCCACAACCACACCUUGCUCUUGGCAUGCCUUCACAUUCUGAUGUUGGCUUCUUAACCUUUCUCAUUCAAAAUGGAAUUGGAGGACUUCAAGUUAAACAUGAGGGCAAAUGGAUCAAUGUCAAUCCCAUUUCCAAUUGUCUAGUUGUCAAUAUUGGAGACCAACUUGAGGCUGUGAGUAAUGGGAAGUACUCAAGUGUGUUACAUCGUGCAAUUUUGAACAACAAAGACACUAGGGUUAGUGUUGUGGUGGUGAAUGGACCCGCACUAGAUAACGAAAUUGGACCUGUUUCUAAAUUAUUGGAGAAAGAAAAAGAGAAGCCAUUGUUUAAAACUAUCAAGUAUCGUGAUUAUUUUCUUGUUCAGCAGAAGUCACGAUUGUCAGAUGGAAGAGCCUUGGACCAGAUUAGAUAUAGUGCAUAACAAUGAUAUUGUUGGUAUGGUUAUUAGUUUAAAAGGUGAGGUUGUUCUCACAUAUUUAUAUACUUAACGUAAGUUUAUUGAGUGCGCCUAAGAGGGGGUGAAUUAGGACUUUGAAGAUUUAUCCGGUUUUUGAAUACUUGUUGUUCUUAUUUUUCUGGUUUGGUGCAAGAGUUUAGAAAUGUGUUACUUUCUUUUCUGGUUAUGAUUUGUGAAAGCGGUAAAUGCGGAAAAGUAAAGAACACAAUGGUGACUGGUUCCCCUCACAAUCCGAGAGUACUCCAGUCCCCUUUCAACAUGAAAGAGAUUUUACUAUUGUUUGUGACUUACACAAGACACACCAAACACCAAGAACAAUCCUCUUGGAUUUUCACUAAGUACAUUAAGAGAACAAUCCUCCCUUAAUGACUCACUUGUUUCCAACAAUCCUGGACAACAAGAUUUCAACCA